AAACAAAGAAACAAAUAUCUUCUGAAACAAAGCCUCCACCAUUCAUUGUAAUUUGGAUAAGAUUCUAGCGAUAAGAACAUAUACAUUUGAUGCCAUGAAUGAUACAGAGAAGCCAUGAAAAUUCUGGUUUGCCUCCAACAACCAAAUCCCCAUAUCACAAAACCUUCCCCAUGGAAUCCAAGAGCCCCAACCCCCAUUGCCACCAAAGACCUUAACCUUCGUCCAAGAACUUGGAAGCUGCAUGCUGAAGCCAAAGGCUUCGGCGUAGCACCAGGUACCAUACUAGAAAAGAAGACAGCACAGAAAGAAACUGUUCCAAGAAAGAACUCUGGGAACGGUGAUGAUGAUGAUGAUGAGAAGAUACCACAGGUGGUGUUUGAUAGGAUGAUUGUUAGAAUCUUGUUCUUUGUGGGGGCUCCUAUGGGCAUCGGCGUGGCUCUGUUGAACCUGUUUGGUGCAGUUAAGGACCAACACUUGUGGGAUGUGCCAGUUUGGCUUCCUUUCUUGACAACACUUAUUGCCUUUGGGGCAUCAGCUCUUGGAAUUGCCUAUGGCACUCUCUCUACAAGUUGGGAUGCGGAGAAGAAGGGUUCCCUUCUCGGGUUGGAAGAAGCUCAGCAGAACUGGGUUGAUGUGUGGAAAGAGGAAUAAGACAGCAAGAGAUAGAGGCGUUAUAAUAUACAGGAAUGCACCUUCUCUAGUCUUCCCCAUCUCGCUACAGGAGUGUUCUUGGAGGGACUAAUAGUCUAGAAAGUGUUGUUCCUCCAUAGAUUUCUAUUUAAAAGAAUAUAGCAUCAGUGACUAAUGUUGAGCUUAAGGAUGAUUCCAUUCUAUCUUGUUUCCUAGAAAUGAAAUCAAGUCUGCUUACAGUGAUAA